AUGCCGCCGGAGCUCAAUUUUUUCUCCCAUUGUGAAGAGUACGUAAAUCCGAUGAGUUCCAUUGUUUCUCAUUUUAGAGAUUAUUUUGAUGUUAGUCAAAUUUUGGGAUUCCAUUCAUGCAAUGGGUUAGUCGCAAUAGCCAUGAAAUUGAAUGAUCGAACGGAGAUUUUUGUUUAUAACCCGACUACUCGUAAACAUAAGCAUAUAAUCCCUCGGAUUUAUGCUCCCAAGUUGCUAGAUGUUGAGUCCCUUUUUAGUCCUCAAGAUGAUUCUCCCUUUCAAGGUCUGAAUAUUGCAUUUGAUCCCUUGCGCUCCGACCAGUAUAAAUUAAUGUAUGUUUGGAUUGAACAUUUGUGGAUCAGAUUCACAAUCUUUGCAUCUGACACGCAGGUUUGGACGGUUAGCAACUGCACGCCUGGAGAUCCUCAAGAAUUAAUUUAUUUUGAGAAGGGAACACUUUGGAACAAAAAUUUACAUUGGUUAAGUUCAGGAUGGUAUACUUUAGGGUUUGACUUGGAAAAUGGAGGUGAGAAAGAGAUUAUAGUUCCACCUCCCAGAGGGGUUGAGUCGCACUUCAGUCAAAAUAUCUUCUUUUUCCGGGUUUCUGGUAAGGAUUUAUGUGUCAUCGGGCUAAAGGAUCCUGAAUUGUUGUUGUUUGGUGUUUACACGAUGGAGUUCGACUACUCAGGAUGGAACUUAAAAUAUAAUUUGGACAUUGGCCCUCUUAAAAAUUUGUAUCCAUCAUUGGUUGUUGAGGAACCGGGUGAACGUUGUAUGCGAUGGUUCUUGGAAUGGAACUUCUCUGUGCUCAGUUGUAUUGUUGUCAAAGACAACGAGAAAAAACCCAAGUUGCUUGUAUCAUUCUUGGAGAAGAUUCUGUCUUUCGAUAUGCAAGAGAUGAUUUUGUAA